CGAGAGCUGUUUCCCAGGCCGUGAGGGGCGGGGGGCGCAGUGCUUUAUCUCCUGGCGAGGGAAGGUGGGUGCUCGCGCUGUCUUAGCUCGAGCGGAGGGGAAGCAAGGCGAUGUUGGGACCCAGGAGGAAGCCGGCGCGGACCUGAAGGUGGGAGGGAAGAGGGAGAUGUGCCGGCCUGGCAGUACCACCAGCUUCUUCAGCCGCUGCCGUCACCGCCGAUGCUGCUGAACUGGGGUUAGGUAGGUAAUCUAAUCCAUGGGGAAAGUGGGGAAGAUGUGGAACAGCUUCAAAUAUAGAUGCCAGAAUCUCUUUAAUCCUGAGAGUGGAAACCGGAAUGAAAAUGUAGAUGUGAACCCCAAUAGUUCAUCAGUUAAAGAUAAAAGUGUAUUUGUACCUGAUACCUCUCAGCAGCAACCAAGCAGCCCUUUAAGAGAUGUCUCUUUACAACUGAGUCUAAAUCCUUCGAGUAAUUCUUCAAGAAAAAAUCAAAACUGUGCCACUGAAAUCCCACAGAUUGUAGAAAUAAGCAUUGAGAAAGAAAAUGAUUUGGGUGUUGCCACCGGAACUAAACUUGCACGGAGGGAUUCUUACUCACGGCAUGCACCGUGGGGGGGGGAAAAGAAGCAUUCCUGCUCUACAAAAACACAGACCUCUUUGGAGAAUGAUAAAAGGUUUGGCCGUUCACGCUUGCAAAGGAGGGAGAGGAGAUAUGGUGUGAGCUCAGUUCAUGACACCGAUAGUGUCUCAAGCAGGACCCUGGGGAGCCGUUCUUUGCGGCAGAGACUGCAGGACACUGUUGGCUUAUGCUUUCCUGUUAGAGCUUACAGCAAACAAUCCAAACCUCUCUUCUCUAAUAAAAGAAAGAUCCAUCUUUCUGAACUAAUGCUAGAAAAAUGCCCUUUCCCUGCUGGAUCAGAUCUAGCUCAAAAAUGGCAUCUAAUUAAGCAGCACACAGCCCCAGUGAGCCCACAUUCAGCUCUUUUUGAUGCAUUUGAUCCUUCUGUGGCUUCUACAGAAGAUGAAGAAGAUAGGCUUAGAGAGAGACGAAGGCUCAGUAUUGAGGAAGGGGUUGAUCCUCCUCCUAAUGCUCAGAUACAUACUUUUGAAGCUACAGCACAAGUUAACCCAUUAUAUAAACUGGGGCCAAAGCUGGCCCCUGGCAUGUCUGAGCUAACUGGAGACUGUAACUCAGCAUCACAGGGAAGUUGCGACCUGGAGGAAGACACCACAACCCUGUGCUUGCAAUCGCGCAGACAAAAGCAACGGCAGAUGUCUGGAGACAGCCACAUCAGCAGACAAGGAGCUUGGAAAGUACAUACUCAGAUUGAUUACAUACACUGCCUUGUGCCAGAUUUACUGCAAAUUACUGGUAAUCCAUGUUACUGGGGUGUAAUGGACCGCUAUGAAGCUGAAGCACUUCUGGAAGGAAAACCUGAAGGCACUUUUUUGCUCAGGGACUCUGCUCAAGAAGACUACCUCUUCUCUGUGAGCUUCCGCCGUUACAACCGGUCUCUACAUGCACGCAUUGAGCAAUGGAACCACAACUUCAGUUUUGAUGCUCACGAUCCUUGUGUGUUUCACUCCUCCACUGUUACUGGACUCCUAGAACACUACAAAGACCCCAGCUCUUGCAUGUUUUUUGAACCCUUGCUUACUGUUUCUCUAAACAGGACAUUCCCUUUUAGUUUGCAGUAUAUCUGCCGGGCAGUAAUCUGCAGGUACACUACGUAUGAUGGGAUUGAUUGUCUCCCUUUGCCAGCGAUGUUGCAGGACUUCUUAAAGGAAUAUCACUAUAAGCAAAAAGUUCGGGUGCGAUGGUUGGAGCGGGAACCAAUUAAGACAAAAUGAAUGGACUUCAGUCCCUUGUAAGCUCCCUGGAAUCUGUGCUUUUUUGUUUUAUUUUUGAAGAGGGGUGCAUUACAGUAUAACUGCAGUAAGCACAUCAGUGUUCAGUGCUUUGGGGGAGAAUAUUGUACUUUUAAGCAUAGUUUUUAAGAUUGUCAGAUGCUGCCUGUUAUUAAUCAAGCCUAGUUGUGAAUACCUCUUGAAACAAUAUGCAGAACACAAAAUACUAUGUUUUUAAACGUAAACAUUUUAGAUUAUGAUUUGCCAAUUCCUAGAUGUAUUCUUUUUAUGACAGUUGCUGUAGUUAGUGAGGCAGCUAUUGGGCACCGACAUGUUCCAUUCAAUUUCAGGACGCAGAACACUGUUGGAGCACUAGGAUACCAGCAGUUAUGUUCCAAUCUAGCUGCUUUUUUCAGCAGAAAUUGUCUUUUCAAAAUUCAGUUCUUUCUCCUAUGCCAGUUUUCAGAUUAAAGCAGAUUAAAGAUGAAAAAAACAUGAGCAGCAAGGUAUCUUGCAUUUAAAUGGGGGGGGGGGAUCUAUUGCUUGCUAACAAGCACUUUGAAUACGUUUAGCUCUCUUUAAAACCAAAGUUUUGCUGUCACCUGAAUAAUAUAUUUUAACCAUUCAGAAGCACGUAGUGCAAUAAUUUAAUCAGUGAAAUACACAAAAACCUUGCUUAUGAAUAAAAUUAUUCUUAAAGUAAAAGCACCUUUGAAGAGCUUGAGAUGGAAAAGUGGGAAUGGCUCUGCUAGAGUGGUGUCUUGACUCCUCCAAUCUGUAUGCAAUACUUGCACUAUAAAGUAACUUCUUAAAAAUCUGCUGAAUUAAUCAUGGCCAUUUUAUUAGUCUGUCAAGACAAUUAGUUGCCUGAACAAUGCACCCCUGGGUUUAAAUAAUAUUUUUAGCA